UGCAAACAUGAAGAGAUGAGCUGGAAACCAGGAGAUGUGGAGCAUCUAAACCAAGAAAAACACAUUCUGGCUGUCAGUACAGCUUAGAAAUGAGAGGAAAAUGUUUUAUGUUUGUGAAGUUUAUGAAUGCAUGACGUGGAAAUGUUUUAUUUUUGAAGAAAUCCGCAACAGUUUCACUUUAAACUGUUUCCAUUCUGCAGAAAACUCGAUGCACCGAGUUGGUUGCAUUUUCGUUGCAAAACGAAAAGUUUUCACUUGUGGUUGUUAUGUAUGUUUAAAAUUCAGUUUAAUUAAGUGAAUCAUAUGAAUGCAUGGCAAUAUUUCUGCAGAAACUAAAUAUUUUCCUUCAUGUUUUAGCUGGUUGGACCAAAACAAUGAUUUCACUUUUCUCUUUUGAGCUUAAAAAUGAAAUAAAUUAGUUAAAUGUUUAUGAAUUUAAAAAUGCAUAACAAGAUUUCUGCAAAAACUAACAUUUUAAACUGUUUACAUUCUGCAAAACUUCAUAUUUUCCCCCAUCAAUGCAAAGAUUUUUUUGAUUUUUAAGACAAAAUGAUAAUUUUGCGGAUCUGUUUGUCGUUUGGGAUUAAAAAUGACAUAAAUUCAUUUUAUUUUUGUGAAUUUUUUCAGUGCAUGAAGUGGGAAAGUGAAGCUGCUUUCUGCUCCAACUGAAACUUGAAACCUAAAUAUUUUCCUUUUGUUUGCGUGCAGAAGGGGAGCGCGCGUGACCCCCAUCAAUCUGCCACGAGCCAAAGUGCGACAAAAGCAUUAUCACAUCAAUGCGCCAUUCAGCCGCAGCCAAUCAGCGCGCGCCGCUUUCUCUGCGCCGCACGAGCUGCGGGGCUAUAAAAGCUGCCGUGAAGCCGCUCCGCUCCAAACGCUCUUCCUCCUCCUGGAAUAUCCUCAUCCUCACCGACGGCAUCAUGACUUUUGAAGAGGUUCUGAUCCAGAAGCCCGCCGAGCGCGCUCAGUGCGCAGGCGCAGCCCUGGAAGAAGUCCUGGUCUCGGCUAAAGACAACCAGUCUCUCACCGUGGGAGUCUAUGAGUGCGCAAAAGUCAUGAACCUAGACCCGGACAGCGUGUCGUUCUGCGUCCUGGCCACGGACGAGCAGUUUGAGUGGGACGUGGCCCUGCAGAUCCACUUCACCCUCAUCCAGUCCUUCUGCUUCGACAACGACAUCAGCAUCGUCAGAGUCAGCGACACGCAGCGUCUGGCCGCCAUCGUCGGAGACGAGCAGGAAGACGCGCACUGCGUCCUCAUCACGAACCCGGCCGAUGGGUCUUGGGAGGACCCGGCUCUGGAGAAGCUGCACCUGUUCUGCAAGGAGAGCCGGCGGCUGAACGACUGGGUUCCUGAGAUCAGCCUCCCCGAGCGCUGACCCGGCUCUCCGCCGCUCACCUGAUCCGUUCACACCUGGAAAUCCUCAUCCCGACCGGGAUGAUUCCGUUUCCGGUUCUUUCCUGGGCGCUCCUGAGGAGCUAGCAUGCCCGGGCUAGCAUGGCGCCGGCAGCGCCGCCGCCCCCACAGCCAUCCGUGCCAAGAUGAGCCUGGUUCUUUCUGCGAACGAGGCCGGGCACGCGGCGGGGGGCGGCACACCGUCGACCCUCAUUCUUUGUGCGGAUGAGGUUUGGAGAGGGAGGAGAAGAGGCGAGUUCUGCGUCCCGUGGUUCCCACGGAGCGAACGUCGCCACGUAGAAGCACGCGCAGCAGGAGAAGAAGCGGUGCCGAGGAAGAAGCGGCCAUCUUGGAAAGAGACUUUUCAGAUGUUCGUCUUCGGCUGAGCAACAUGGCAGCAGUUGCAGUCAGCGGAAAAGUUUCCCACUUUCCAGAAUUGUCUUAAUUCUCUAAAGGUUUCACUUUAGAAGUUUAACGAUGACAAAAAUUAAUCUAGAAAAGUCUAAUCUAAAGGUUUCACUUUAGAAAAUGACAAGAUUAAAUUAUUGAUAAAACCAUAAAAAAAACUUUGUAAUAAAAUUUGUUAAAAAAAUUAAAAAUGCCUUUAAUUCUGAUGUAAAUGCAAAUAUAAUUUGAAACAAUUUAACCAAGAUAAAAUGACUGUAGCUGUUUUUGAUCAUUUUUAACUGCAGAAUUGUUUUAGUUGUUUUAAGGUGUUUUUGUUUAAUUUUACUAAUGAAAUUUUUUUUCUGAAGAUUAGAGAAAUGACUUGGUUAUGACAUAAGAUCUGGACCAGAAUGUUUUCUUUUUUUUUGACCUGCAAUUCUGAAGUAAAUAAAAAAAUUAAUUUUAAAUUAUUUAACCAGCCUCUUAGCUGAUUUUGACUUAAAAUGCAGAACAUAUGAAAAUUGUUGCUCCAUUUUGUAUUUUUUUGCAUAGUUAAACCUUUGACUAUUCUCUGUGAAGAUUCAGAUUUCACUUAUUGGAGAAUUAGCUUGAAUACACUGUAAAAAAUACCUGAUGUGUUUUAAACUUGUUAGAAAUAAUAGUUUUGUACGUUUGUAAGUGAAAAAUACUGAAUAAAAUCCUUGAAGAUGA